AUGAGCAAGGAUGAGGGAAUGAGGUUUCAGAACAUACCUUUAUAUCCUACUAUUGUUCAUAGGCAUAUUUCUGCUCCAGAUAUGCUAUCGGCAAAAGAAGUACAAGAUAUUUCAGAUGUAAUAGAUAUAUUAAGACCAGUAGAAGCUGCUACCAAAGAACUGUGUGCCCAAAAAUAUGUAACGACAAGUAUGGUGAUUUCUAUGGUUUAUAUACUUAAGAAAAAUAUUAAAGAAUUCCAACCAAAACAAGAAAUUGGACUUCAGCUAAAAUCCGCCAUUAUUGUACAAUGUGAUAAACGUUUCAGUUCUGUAGAAAGUUGUUCCCUUUUGGGUAUGGCAACUGUUUUGGACCCACGAUUUAAAAAACUUUAUUUUAAAGACACCGUUGCACUAUCCAAGAUGCUGAGGUAUAUAUCUAAUGAGAUCAAACUAACACAGACUAUGAGCUCCAGUGAAAGUUCAUCUGAUACAGACAACACAACUGUAGAAGGACCUCAGUCAUUCAAUUUGUGGCAAGAUCAUGCUAAACAUGUUCAACAAUCUACCAKUCGUAAAUCCCAUAGAGGACGUUUACAGGAGGAGAGUGGAUUUCCUUUCGAAUUAAAUUUAUACCUGAAAAGCAGUCAUGCCAGACUAUCAGAUGAUCCUUUACUAAUAUGGAAGGAUAUGUGCAAUGUGUAUCCAAUACUAUCCAAAAUUGCCGUCAAAUAUCUAGUACCUGUUGCGACGUCUGUCACCAGCGAAAGAUUAUUUUCUAAGGCAGGAUUGACAUUAAACAAACAACGGAAUCGAUUAACAUCCAAGCAUUUAAAUCAAUUGUUAUUUUUACAGUCUUUAGACGAYACUAUACUAUAG